AUGUCAGGUAGUGAACAAACAAGAGAGAAAUUAUCAGAUUCCGAGUGUACAGAGGACGAGCCACGCCGUUCUCGAAUCGGGAGUUUGAGGAAGAAAGCAAUCAGCUGCUCCAGCAAACUCACGCAUCCGUUGAAGAGAAAAGGGAAACGGAAAAUCGAUUACCAAAUCCCUUUCAUCGAAGACGUUAGAGACGAGAAAGAGGAGAAGAUUGUUUCCACAUUGCGUCAAGAGCUUCUCCAUAAAGAUCUGUUGCCUCCAAGGCAUGAUGAUUACCACAUGCUGUUGAGGUUUCUGAAAACAAUGGAAUUCAACAUGGAGAAAACAGUCACUGCGUGGGAAGAAAUGCUCAAAUGGAGGAAAGAAUUUGGAGCGGAUCGUAUAAUUCAGGAUUUCAAUUUCAAAGAGCUGGACAAAGUUGUGCGGCAUUAUCCUCAGGGUUACCAUGGAGUUGAUAAAGACGGUAGACCGAUAUAUAUCGAGAGGCUCGGGAAAGCACAUCCCGGUAAGCUUAUGGAUGUUACCACGAUAGAGCGGUACUUGAAGUACCAUGUUCAAGAAUUUGAGAGAGCUCUUCAAGAGAAGCUUCCUGCGUGUUCGGUUGCAGCUAAGCGACGAGUCACUACAACGACUACAAUACUAGAUGUUGAAGGACUGGGUAUGAAGAACUUUUCUCCUACAGCUGCGAAUCUCUUGGCCUCCAUUGCUAAAGUGGAUUGCAAUUAUUACCCUGAGACUUUGCACCGAAUGUUCAUUGUCAAUGCAGGGAUUGGAUUCAGGAAUUUGCUUUGGCCUGCCGCUCAGAAGUUUCUUGAUCCGAUGACUAUUGCAAAGAUACAAGUUUUGGAGCCAAAGUCCUUGUCAAAGUUACUUGAAGCAAUUGAAUCCAGUCAACUUCCAGAAUUCUUGGGAGGCUUAUGCAAGUGUCCUAACGAAGGAGGGUGCUUAAGGUCUAACAAAGGACCAUGGAAUGAUCCUGAAAUAGUCGAGCUCGUACAUCACAUGGAAGCAAACCCUGUACCACAAACUACAAGAGCUCAUCUUCAUAUAAAAGAUUCUGAUUCCACUAUUCACAUUAACCCGCCUGAGCAGGCUAGCACAUCAGAUGGUGAUAAAUUCAUUACUACCGUGGAAUCUGCAGAACCGGCUCAAGGAGAAUGGUCCCAAGCGCAUUUACAUAACACGAAUACUGGAAACUCUUCUUCUGCAAAUACAUCUAGAGGAGAAGGCGGUCAGAUAUUGCGGUUUAGUGCUAUUAGAGAGAAAAUCAAUGGCGAGAACAUGAUUCACUUGGUGAAAACACUACUAGUCUUUCCACUGAAGCUAUUUGCUCUCUUUAGUUUCUUGUUGCCUGGAUAUUGGCAAAGAAGAGAGAACUAUGUCGAGGUCCCAGUUUCAAACAACCAGAUUCUUGAGUGUUUGGAUCGUCUCAAGAAGCUGGAGAAAGAAUUCACAGAGAUUGGUAGAAUCCCUGUGAAAAUCCCAGAAGCAACCGAGAAGCUAUUAACGGAUUCUCUUGAGAGGAUUAAGUCUCUAGAACUUGAUCUCGACAAAACCAAAUCAGUAUUACAUUUAACAUUAACAAAACAGAUUCAGAUCACAGAACAGUUUGAAUCUCAUCACCAAGAACGAAGAAAGCGAUGCUGGUUCUGA